AUGCUGUCAUUUAAAUUCCCUUUGGUGCUAUUUUGUGUGUUCUUGACGAUUUUAAUAGCUUUCGCACAGGAUUUAAGUUAUCCUAUUCCAGAAGAGGAAUAUCCAAAUUAUUAUAUUGGAAACAUUCGUGAGGAUUUUAAUUUAUCGUCGUAUUUCUUAACCGCUGAGUUGGAUGAUUAUGAAACCUUAAAGUAUAGUAUUCUUUCACAAACUACAGUUCCAGCAUCUUAUUUCAAUAUUAAUGAGCGGACAAGUUCUCUGUUUACAAGUCAGAGACUUGACAGAGAAUCGUUAGACCAUUGUGAAUUCUCCACGGUUUGUGAAUUAGCAAUUGAUGUCAUAGCUAAAGGAAGUCGGAGUACGUUUUUCAAGAAAAUAAAAGUAAAGAUCUUCUUAUUAGACAUUAACGACAACACCCCAACAUUUACAGUGAAUAGGACGAGUCUUGAAGUUUCUGAAGCUUUCGUCGUUGGCUCUUCAAUACCAAUAGAUGGGGCUGUUGACAGGGAUAGUUCUUUAAAUUCCGUUCAAAGUUAUAAUAUUUCGGAAAGAAAUGUGCCAUUUUCUGUUAAAUUUGAUAAGUAUGUGGAUGGCAGUUCUUCUGUGAAAAUUAUUAUUGAUUCCAAGUUGGAUAGUGAGACCCGCAAUUUUUACAGGCUACAUGUUUUGGCAAUAGAUGGCGCUGUUCCGCAAAGAACUGGUACCAUGACAGUUGAUAUUAGGGUAACUGAUGUCAAUGAUAAUGCUCCAGAAUUUAGCCAAUCAGUGUACAAUGUCACUAUUGCAGAAGACACCCAGGUUGGUGAGGUGAUCCUGAAGGUAAAGGCCACAGAUGCCGAUUCUGGUGCUAAUGGUCAGGUCCUCUACCGUCUCAGCCCUCACCAGCUUUCCGUCAUACACACUUUCUUUGCAAUAGACAACAUCACAGGUGACCUUAGUCUGGUGCAUCCACUUGUGUAUGAGCGUGGUGAAGUUUACGAAAUAUUUAUCGAAGCCACAGAUAAUGCCACAAAGCCACUCUUUACUCAGGCCACAGUAUAUGUUAGCAUUCUUGAUUCAAGCAAUGACCCACCAGAGAUUAAUAUCAACUUGUUAUCAAACGCAGAUGUUGCCAAGAUUUCGGAAGAUGCAAAGAUUGGUGCGGCAGUUGCUCAUAUUGGUGUAACUGAUGACGAUAAAGGAGUCAAUGGUAUUGUCAACUGCCGCGUUCAAAGCUAUUACUUCACCUUGGACCCUAUCGGGACAAAUGAGUACAAGGUUGUUGUCCAUAAACCAUUGAAUAGAGAACUGAAAGAAAAACACAGAGUCAAGGUUAUAUGUGAAGAUUCGGGAAGUCCACCAUUGAACUCCUCGGCAGAGUUCGAAGUGAAAGUUUUGGAUGAAAAUGACCAUUCCCCGAAAUUUACUCAACAGCUUUAUCGUCCAGACAUCUACGAGAAUAACCAGCAUGGAGCAAUUUUACUUAAAGUGUCAACCAAUGAUUUUGAUGCCGGAAUUAACUCUGAAGUUGUAUAUUCUCUUGUUCCCACAAACAACGAUAAGUUUUCGAUCGAUCCGGACUCCGGAGAGGUGUUUGUGAAUGUUCACCUUGACAGGGAAAAUGUCACACAGCUAGAAUUUGUUGUCAUAGCAACUGACAAAGGAACACCCCCCAAAACAGGAACAGCAUCUGUUAGGGUAACAGUUUUGGAUGAAAAUGAUAAUCGACCAAAAUUUUCAGAGACAGUCUACACAUUCUCUGUGAGAGAGAACUUAAGUGCAAGUAUCCAUGUUGGAACACUUACAGCUUCUGACCCUGAUGAAGGACAAAAUGGGAUUGUAGAAUUCAUGAUGUUACCAGAAAUGACAGGAAGUUUUCCAUUUAUAGUUUACAGCAAUGGAUCUAUAUAUACAACACAAGUUCUCAAUCGGGAAUCACAGCCUCAUGGAUAUAAUUUUCGAGUCAUUGCAUAUGACCUUGGUUCACCUUCCCAGAACAGCACAACUCAUGUGACAGUAUUUGUUGGUGACACAAAUGAUAAUGGACCAGUUAUUGUCUUCCCAACAUUUGAUAAUAAAACUGUUAAGAUCGUUUACAAUACAGGAACGGAUCAUGUGAUCACCAAGGUCAUAGCAUAUGACCCUGACCUUGGAGGUAAUUCUAAGCUCACCUAUACAAUUCUAGAGGAUGAUGAGGCAAACCCUUUUUAUAUUGACGAAAACACUGGGGAGAUUUACUUAUCACAGCCCCUAGGGAUCUCUGAUAUCCAAACUUACACCUUCACAGUCCUUGUGGAGGACAACGGGGUGCCAAGAAGAUCCUCAAUGCAAAAUCUCACUAUCAUUGUCACAACCCACGAAGGUAGUGGUGUUGACACACCCACCGACCCAGACAACCUUGUCAUCGCUAUAGUGAUAACUUGUGUGACCAUUGUAUUGUCAAUGGCGAUAAUCCUUGUUAUAUGUAUCAUUAAACGGAUAGACAGACAGAGAAAAGCAAUGAAUAAAAGUGGAAGUAGUUCCGAUUUGGAGGAUAAACGAAAGGACAUGUAUGAUGCCAUUACUCGUAACCAUGACAACGAAAGCCAAGAUCGAGCAGAGAAAAAAGUGAGUUUUUCUGUGGAUUCAGACCCCAACCUUAUCAUAUCAGCAUCCGACUCCAGCUCAAAGUUUCCAAACAAUGCCCUCGCUGUUGAAGAGGCAAUUCCCUUGACUGACGAUCCCUAUUUACCUGUAAACACAGGUGAGAGCCAACCUGUGACAAGGCAGAUACUCGACAGAAUUAUGCCUCCACCUAAACCUGAAAGAGUUCCAACAAGAGAAGACAACCCAGAGCAACAGUUUCAGCAACAGUCCCUGUCAACAGUAGCCAAGCUUCAGCGACACCAAGAAUACCUUCAGGCCUGCGACAAACCAUCUUGGGGAAGCAACUCAAAUCUAGAGGGAGAGAUGUAUAAGAAACAAGAUGAUAACCACAGCGAGACGUCUGGAGAAACAUCGACGAGCGACAGUGGCCGUGGUGGCAGUGAAAGUGAUAUUCAGAGCAGUGGAGGGCUUUCCCAUUGUCUAGAAUUAGACUAUCUGAAAAGUAUGUAUUCGCCAUCCAAUUCUCCAAGGAAGGAAAAUGCACCAACACCCAGUGAGGGAACAGACUCGCGGAGAAUUCCGUCUAACAGUGAAAACAGUGACCCGCGGAGGGUACCCAAUCCAAACCACUUACAUUUUAAACUUUCUCAUUUGUUACCUCCCAAAUCACGACCAGUGCAUCUAAAUAGUCACAAUAAUGGCUACCCUUCCCGCGGGGGUGUCCCACACAAGGGGCGUGGCCCUGUUGUACAUUGGCGUGGUGUUACAGACUAUCUAAAUACGUCAAUGGCAACGAUAGAGGAUUACGAUGAAGAUGACAAUACGACUACAUCAGGAAGUUAUGUAGUUGAGGAUGAAGAUUUGCGAACAGAUAUGGCUGUUGGCAUGGAUUAUUUUGUGUGA